AUGAAACAACCUAAAGGAAGUGGCGGCUCUACCUUAAAAAGACUAAAAUCCUCUCUUAAAGAAGCUGGUUUAAUUGGUCCCGGUUCGCGAAAGACAGUUAGUAAAAAGAACCGAAAGAAGGGAAACGUGUCAGACGCUGUGAAAAACCUUACUGAAAAAAGGCUCGAGAUUUUAAAGAACAGGGUUAACCCAUUUGAAAUAAAAGUUGCUCGGGAGAAACAUGCAGUUCUCGGUCGAAAAGUUAAGGGUGUCCAGGGUCGUCCUGGUUUAAAGAAACAAAUUGGAAACGAGAAUCGAAAAAAAACGUUACUAGCUGAGAUGGAGACAAAAAAUAAAGCUGGUGGAAUGAUUGAUCGUCGAUUUGGCGAGAACAAUCCACAGAUGACUCCAGAGGAGAAGAUGUUGGAGCGAUUUACUAAAGAACGACAAAAACGCAAUAACAAUAGUGGCGGAGGAAAACUAUCGUUGUAUAAUCUUGAUGAUGAUCUAACUCAUUAUGGACAAUCAUUGGCUGAGAUUGAUGAUUUUGAUGAAGUUGAUUUAGAGUUGAGUGAAAAUGAUGAGAGUUCCGAUAAUGAAAAAGGGAUUAUCGAUAGUAAGACCGUUGCUAAAAAUCAUUUUGGAGGCUUUAAUGAGUCUGAGCAAGAAGACAUCUCCGAUUCGCAUCCUCAGCGACCAAAAUCAAAAAAGGAAAUUAUGGAAGAAAUAAUUGGAAAAAGUAAAUUGCAUAAAUAUGAAAGGCAAUUGAAUAAAGAAGAGGAUGAGCGUACUAGAUACCAAUUAGACGAGGAACUGGAUCAAAUUCGUGAUUUACUGCUCGUUCCUUCAAGCGAUUCAAAAAAGAACAAUUCUUCAAAUGCUUCGCCAUCAAAACUGCAAAACAGGGAACCACAAGAAUCACAAGUUGAUGCUUAUGAUAGAUUCGUGCGAGAACUCGCUCUUGAAAAACGUGGUAGGCCCACGGAUCGAUUGAAAACUGAAGAGGAAAUAGCAUUGGAAGAGAAAGAGAAACUUGAAAAAUUAGAGCGUGCUCGGAAAAAACGUAUGGAAAGAAUAAAUUCCGAAGAUGACGAUGAUGAAACUGAUAAUAAACGUCGUAAGAAGCAAAAACGUGCGCCAGUGGCAGAUGAUUUGGACGAUGAUUAUAUAUCAGAUGAGGAAGAAGAUGGUGAUUUUGGUCUUGGGAAAGAAUUCUUAAAAAAGAAAAAAGAUGUUAAGAAUUUGAAUAAGAAGGAUGCUGCUCGUAAUUGUAAUGAUGAAAAUAAUGAUAAAUUGCGAGCUAAAGUUGAAAACCAAACUAAAAAUAAUAAAGAAUCGAAAAAGGAAUUAGCUUAUACUUUCCCUUGUCCUACUACACUUGAACAAUUUCAAACUAUACUAGAGGAUGUUGAAGACAAGGAUGUACCAGUAGUCGUGCAUCGUAUAUAUGUAUUGCAUCAUAUAAAACUGUCACCUGGAAAUCGGGAAAAAUUAGAGGCGUUUUUCCUAGUUUUUUUAGACUAUAUUCUUACUCGGACUCUAGAAAAUCCGAUUCCUAUGGAGCUGCUUAAUAAACUUGUCAAGAACGUGUUCGAGCUUUCGCAACACUUUUCCGAGCAAGCUUCGCAAUGGUUUAUUCAGAAACUUGAAGAAAUUCAGAAGAAUCUUGCGAAAUAUUUAUCAAUUUCCUUUGGGGAAAAAAAAUUAAUAUUUCCUACAGCAAGCGAUCUUAUUAUUUUACGUUUAAUCGGACAAAUAUUUCCCACCUCGGAUUUUCAUCAUCCAGUUGUCACGCCUGCUAUGCUACUUAUGGGACAAUAUUUAACACAAUAUACAAUCCGUAAUGGUAGAGACCUAUUAGUAGGAUUAUUCUUAUGCAAUUUAUUAAGAGAGUACCAAACUUUAUCGAAGCGAGUGUUUCCAGAAGUAUUAAAUUAUCUUUACGCGUCGCUAGUUAAUCUCGCGCCACCUGAAACUUUUACUUCUAUCGACUCGAUUCCUGGAUAUUUUCCUAUAAAAGAGUUUUUCAUACCAACACUUCAAAUCAAGGAUGCAAAGGAAGUUGAACCUCGGAAAUUAAAUUUUUCAGAGUUAUUGGGCAAUCCGAUUAAUAAAGAUGAACUUUAUGGCUACUUCAAAAAUGAUUCGUUUAGCGUUUCAGCAUUAUCAGCAUGUUUGGAUCUCAUAUUACAAUACGCAAAGAUUUACAAUUCAAAAUCGGCGUUCAUUGAACUUUUCACCCCUUCGCUAACCAUAUUAAAUCAAUUUCCGGAAGAAAAAUUUUCGACUAAAUUACAGACUGAACUCAAGUCUACAAAAGACGCACUACGACGGCUACUAAUAUUUGCAAAUGAGGCACGCCGUCCUCUUGAAUUACAAUACCACAAACCAAUCCCACUCGCCACCUACAUCCCAAAAUUCGAAGAAACUUAUUCGGUAGAACGUAAAUCAGCGAAAACCCGCGAACAAGCACAACUUAAUAAACUCAAGGCACAAUACAAAAAAGAACGAAAAGGUGCAAUUCGCGAGUUGCGCAAGGACAGUCAAUUUAUUGCGCGUGAGAAGUUAAGCAAAAUCAAGGAACGUGAUGCUGCAUAUAAGAAAAAGAUUGGAGGAAUUAUGAGUAUAUUGGAGGCGGAACAACACGAAAAAAAGUCGUAUGAGAAAUCAAGACGAAACAUGAAACUAGAUGCAAAAGUGCUAAGAUAUAUGAGUGCGGAAGAGUUCCGCGUUUUAACUGCGGUAGAAAUGGGGUCGAAAAACCAUGAGGUAGUUCCUACUACUCUUAUUGCACAAAUUGCUGGUUUGCGCCAUGGUGGUAGUCAUAAGUUAUUGGGAGAAUUAGCAAAAAAGAAUUUAGUAGCGCGGGUAAAGAAUGCAAAAUAUGAUGGAUAUCGUUUGACGUAUGGUGGUUAUGACUAUUUGGCUCUAAAAACUUUUGUAAAACGCGGAAGCAUUUAUUCUGUGGGCAAUCAAAUUGGCGUCGGGAAAGAGUCCGAUGAAGAAGAGAGUCAGCGUGUAUUAAAAAUACAUCGACUUGGACGCGUUUCUUUUCGCGCGAUCAAAUCGAAACGUGAUUAUUUAAAGAAACGAAAAUCUGCAUCAUGGAUGUACAUGUCACGUCUUGCUGCUAUGAAAGAAUACGCGUUUAUGAAGGUAUUACACGAGAAUGGGUUUCCAGUCCCAACACCAAUAGAUCAAGUUCGACAUUGUAUAGUGAUGGAAUUGAUAAACGCCUAUCCGUUACGACAAAUAUCAAUAGUUAAAGACCCGGGAAAACUAUACUCUGAUCUCAUGAAUAUCAUUGUUAGACUAGCCAAUUACGGAUUAAUACAUGGGGACUUCAAUGAGUUUAAUAUUCUGGUAAAAGAAAACGGUGAACCAGUGCUCAUCGACUUUCCGCAGAUGAUCUCUACGUCACAUCCAAAUGCUGAAUGGUAUUUCGAUCGAGACGUUGAGUGCAUACGCAGAUAUUUUCAACGGAAAUAUGGAUAUGAAAGUAUGCUUUAUCCUAAAUUCAAUUUAGAUAUAAAUCGUGAAUUCAAUCUCGAUGUCCAGGUAGCUGCUAGUGGAUUUACUAAACAGCAUCAACAAGAGUUAGAACAGUAUCGAGUUGAGUUGAAUGAAUGUCAAGAUCAAACGUCUGAGUUAUCACAUCAAAAUGACUUUGAUAACAACGAAGAUUUUUCCGAAAACGAUGAUGAUGACGGCGAUAAAGCUAUUGACAAAAUUCGGUCGAUAUCCACUAAUCCAUCAUUAUCCACAACUCGUCUUACUGAUGUCGAAAUAAAAAAACGUGUGACACAAUCAUUAUCAAAAAGAAAUCGGAAACUACCAAAUAACACGACUCAUAGUUAUCAUAAACGGAAUCAAGCAAAGGGUAAAGAGAAGCGAAGGGCCGCAGAAGUUGCAAGAUAUGGAGGAAGGGAUGAUG